AUGUCCGAUGGUUCCCGUAAAUCGGGCACAAAGUCCACCUUCCACUUCGUAGCUGGUCUCGGCUCCGGCGUCCUCUCCGCCAUACUUCUCCAACCCAUCGACCUCCUCAAGACCCGCGUCCAGCAAUCCGGCAAACACUCCCUCCGCGCCGCCCUCGCCGAGCUCCGCUCCUCCCAACAAGGCCUCCUCCCCUCCCUCUGGCGCGGUACCCUCCCGUCAGCUCUGCGCACCGGCUUCGGCUCCGCCAUCUACUUCACGACCCUCAACACCAUCCGCGAAAAUGCCGCGCGCCACCUGCCCUCCCUCGCAGCGGCCGCGCCCACCAUAGCCGCCGCAUCCGGCAUCGUCACCCCCAACGCAAACCAGACAUCCUCCUCCCUCCCUAAGCUCUCCAACACAGGCAACCUGCUCGCGGGCGCCGUCGCCCGCUCCUUUGCCGGCUUCAUCCUCAUGCCGCUCACCGUCCUCAAGGUCCGGUACGAAAGCAGCUUCUACAAGUACACCUCUUUAGCCGGCGCGGCGCGGGAUAUCGCGCGAACGGAAGGGGCGCGCGGCUUUUUUGCUGGGUUCGGCGCAACCGCCAUUCGCGAUGCGCCGUACGCGGGACUGUAUGUGUUGUUCUACGAAAAGUCCAAACAACAUCUCAGCAAUCUUUUCCCGCAGCCACCACAACUAUCCACCACCCUUGAGGCAGCGGGACAAGACGGAGGACGCAUGAGCCAAUCCCGCGCCGCCUCGAUCAACUUUGCCUCGGGCGUCUUUUCCGCAAUCAUCUGCUCGAUUAUUUCGAACCCGUUUGAUGCGGUCAAGACGAGGAUCCAGCUGCAGCCCAAGAAGUACCGAAAUAUGGUGCAGGCUUCGAGAAAGAUGUUGGCUGAGGAAGGGGUGAGGAGCAUGAUGGAUGGACUGGCGCUCAGGAUGAGCAGGAAGGCGAUGAGCUCGGCCUUGGCGUGGACGGUUUAUGAGGAGCUGAUUAGACGGGCGGAGGGGGCGUGGACGAAGAGGGGGCCGGAGGAGGUUCAGCUGUAAGUUGAAGGGGAAAGUUGGAAGGGUGUUCGUUACGUUGGUACACUGGAAGAUCGAGGGGGCAGAAAGUAAGCCUGGAAGGGAAAAUCAAAAGCCAAUUAUGGCUACGGGAAGGGAAGAUCAUGAAAUGACGCUCAUGGUCAAACAGGAAAAAGGACAAAAAGGUACUGCAGGCGGUAGGUAUGGGUACGGAUUUGGGUUAUUCAUCACGGACGGUGUUUUUGUGGUUAUUGGGGUUUGUACCACCAUUAUAGAUAUCCCUCUGCUCAGCGAUUAACGACAUGUACAAUUAGCGA